AUGAUUUUGAUGGAUGAGGAGGGAAGGAAAAUUCAUGCAUCAUGUGUGAAGAAAUGGUUUCCUAAAUUCAAGCGCUAUUUAAAAGAGGAUAGUUCAAUUUACGUCAAGAAACCUAACGUCGCACCAAAUACUUCAAAAUUUAAGUUUGCUCAUCCGGAAUCAAAACUAAAUUUUUAUCACGAUACAAUUGUAAAAGAUUGUGAAAACUUUUCUGGAUCUGCACAUGGCUUUCAUUUUGUUGACUUCAAUACUAUCGUUUCUAACAACAUCCUGGAGUCAAACUCUUUUGAUAUUAUUGGACACAUUUUUGAGUAUGGGCAUAUGGAUACCUCAGAACAAGAUAAAUCAAAACACAAGAUGCUCUUGCAUCUUCAAGAUAUAGAGGAUACUAAGCUUAAGAUAACUUUGUGGGGUCAUAAUGCAUACUACAUGCAUGAUUUUCUUGCUAACAAUAACAGCCUUGCUCCAGUUGUUGUUAUUGUUCAAUUUGCCAGGGUCGUCCUUUUUCAUCCACCUACUUUGAUAUUGGUCUCUGAAAAUGGACAACAACUGUCAUCAAGUGGAAUUAAAAUGAUUGCAUCAAAACAAGACACAGAACAUGAUGACUUUCUGAAAAAUCAUUUGUUUUCUAACAUUGAAGACUUGUUUGAACCUUUGGAGGAAAAGACAGUCAUUAUUGUUGGUACUGUUAAGGGAAUACGUCAAAAUAUACGUUGGUAUUACCUUGCUUGUAGCAACUGCAAAAAGUCAGCAAAAGAAAAAGAGUCUUCAACUGAUAAGGUUGAUGGUUCUCAUGAAGUGGCCGAAAUCGUUACUUAUGAAUGUGCUAAUCUUAAAUGCAAAAAUAUCAAAAUUUCGGUUAUUCCAAGAUUUAAAAUCCCACUUCGGGUUCAAGACAACACAGGAACAUUGACUUUAACUUUAUUUGACCAAGAAGCAAAGAAGUUGUUCAAAUACACAGCUAAAGAGUUGUAUGAUAAAAACAAGAAGCUUGGCAACAAUUUGGAAUUGUAUCCAAUGGAGUUGAAAGUUGUGUUGGACAGAAAGUUGGCAAUUAAGAUUGAUAUCACACGUUACAAUGUCGAUAAUAAAAGUAAUCUUUAUGGGAUAUCAAGAUUAACCGAGAAUGCAGACAUAAUUGAUGAAUUGGAAAAAAAUAAUCUUACUCCACAGCCUGCUAAUUCUGAUUCAUUCUUGAUUGGUUCUUCAGAUGUUGGUUCUCAUGACACCAAAGUUCUCAAGACCGGUGAAAAUUUAACUCCAUGUGCUAGGGACAAGUCAACUGCAACAAGUCCUAUAAAAUUCAUUUCUACACCAAUUGAGUUGAAAAGAAACCUUGCUACAUGCAUAGAUAUUGAUGAAAUGGAGAAUUUGUCUACUUCUAAAUAUCCUAGACUGUCACCACCAGAUGAACAACCAACUCCUCUUUUGGUACCCAAGAAAGAAAAGUAA